AUGGCCAUCGCCUCCCGCAUCACGAAGCGCGCGCUCUCCACCUUCGCCGCCGCAGCCAAGCUCCCGGAGGCGGCCGUCGCGGCCGCCGGCGCCGAGGCGGUGCCCGUGCCGUCGUCCGCGCAGCAGCAGCAGCAUCAGGUGCUGGAGUUUGAGGACACCGGGAGGCUCUUCACCGGGGAGCCGUCCACGGCUCUGGUGCGCACGCUCGCGGCGCUGCAGUUGAUGUCCGCGGGCCCGCUGGUGGACGUGGGCCUCGCGGCGCUGCGGUCUCCGGCGGUGGCCGCGAGCCCCGUGGUCCAGGCCGCGGCGCGGGCCACGGCGUACAAGCACUUCUGCGCCGGGGAGACCGCCGAUGAGGCCGCGGCCCGGGUGCAGCGCCUCUGGCGCGGUGGCAUGGGCGGGAUCCUCGACUACGGCAUCGAGGACGCCGAGGACGGCGCCGCCUGCGACCGCAACGUCGCCGGCUUCCUCGCCGCUGUCGACGUCGCCGCCGCGCUGCCCCCGGGAUCGGCGAGCGUGUGUAUUAAGAUCACGGCGCUGUGCCCGAUCGCGCUGCUGGAGAAGACGAGCGACCUGCUGCGGUGGCAGCACAAGAACCCGUCGGUGCACCUGCCGUGGAAGCAGCACGCCUUCCCGAUCCUGUCCGACUCGAGCCCGCUGUACCUGACGCCGUCGGAGCCGGCGGCGCUGACGGCGGAGGAGGAGCGCGAGCUGCAGCUGGCGCACGACCGGCUGCUGGCCGUGGGCGCGCGGUGCGCGGAGCACGACAUCCCGCUGCUGGUGGACGCCGAGUACGCGUCGGUACAGCCGUCCAUCGACUACUUCACGUUCGUGGGCGCGCUGGCGUGCAACGGCGGCGGGCGGCCUAUCGUGCACGGCACCGUCCAGGCGUACCUCCGCGACGCGCGCGACCGGCUGGAGGCCAUGGUGCGCGCGGCCGAGGAGGAGCGCGUGUGCCUCGGGGUCAAGAUCGUCCGCGGCGCCUACCUCACCAGGGAGGCCCGGCUGGCGGAGUCGCUGGGCGUGCCGUCGCCCAUCCACGGCAGCAUCCAGGACACCCACGACUGCUACAACGGCUGCGCGGCCUUCCUCCUGGAGCGCGUCCGCCGCGGGUCGGCGUCCGUGAUGCUGGCCACCCACAACGUGGAGUCCGGGCAGCUGGCGGCGGCGAGGGCGCAGGAGCUGGGCAUCGGCAAGGGCGACCGGAACCUGCAGUUCGCGCAGCUGAUGGGCAUGGCCGACGGGCUGUCCCUGGGGCUCCGCAACGCCGGUUUCCAGGUGAGCAAGUACCUGCCCUACGGCCCCGUGGAGCACAUCAUCCCCUACCUCAUCAGGCGGGCCGAGGAGAACAGAGGACUGCUCUCCGCUUCCGCCUUCGACCGGCAGCUGCUCCGGAAGGAGCUGGUUAGGAGGUUCAAGAACGCGGUGAUGGGACGGGAGUGA